AUCCAACCGACUGCAGGCAUUUCUUGCUUUGCUUCUUCCCCGAUAUUUGAUUCAAUCAGAGAACAACCGGAAGAAAUGUCAUCACGGGACAAGAAACCGGCGAAACCAUCCACCAGCAGAGCCGGCGGCAUCCGCACGCUGUCCGAUCUCAAUCGGCGGUCGGGUCCCGACUCAGAUAGCGAUGAAGAAGGUCCUCAGGAGUAUUACACCGGUGGCGAGAAGAGUGGUAUGCUUGUCCAAGAUCCCCAGAAAGUUAAUGAUGUAGAUGCAAUCUUCAAUCAAGCUCGGCAGUUGGGAGCAGUAGAAGGGCCUGUCGAUCAUCUCCGUCCCGGCUCUAGCUCAACAAGCUUUACUGGAACUGGUAGAUUGCUUUCUGGGGAAGUUGUGCCAUCAGCUCCACAGCAGCCUGAGUCUGUUGUUCAUAACAUCAUCUUCUGGAGCAAUGGAUUUACUGUGAAUGAUGGCCCCCUACGGAGGUUGGAUGAUCCCGAAAAUGCACCUUUCUUGGAGAGCAUUACAAAAUCUGAGUGUCCAAAGGAGCUUGAGCCAGCAGAUAGGAGGUCCUCUGUUCAUGUAAAUCUGAUUAAAAGGGAUGAGAAGUGCCCGGAACCAGAGAAGCAGCGGCAGGUUGCAUUUCAAGGUGUAGGCAGAACUUUAGGUGGCAGUGCUACUCCAGUGGCGACAGAACCGGGUGUUGGUUCUUCCACCAAUUUCACUGUUAAUCCAACCCCUUCAACGGGUGUGGUUGUAGAUGAGACAUUACCAUCAACUUCAGUACAGCUAAGAAUGGCUGAUGGGAGCCGCCUGAUUGCCAACUUCAAUUACCAUCACACUGUUAAUGACAUACGUGGGUUUAUUGAUGCAUCUAGGCCCGGGGCAGCACAGAAUUAUCAGCUGCAGAUGAUGGGAUUCCCUCCUAAGCUUCUUAGCGAUCCAACUCAGACAAUAGAGCAGGCCGGCCUUGCAAAUUCAGUUGUAAUUCAGAAAUUUUAAGCCAAGUCCAGCUACUGGGCUGCAAAAAAUUGUGGUGACUGGUGAGGGAACUGAAUGUGUAGAACCCUAAUAUCCUAUAAGAGAGAAGCUUGGUUUUGUGGGGGAGGGGGGGUUUUCAUGGAUGGGAAACGAAGGAGAAUUUUGUGGUGGGAUGAAUGUAAUAUUUCUGUUUGUGUAUUUGUUUUCUGGUAAAUACAAUUCUUGUGUACUCUUCUUCAUUCAUAUUCCUCUGGUCUAUUUGGCAUGAACAGGAUAACCAGAUUUCGGAUUAGAUCUUGUGUGUGGUAUGAUACUGAACCAUGAGUUUAGGUUGAUGUGGAUUCAAUUCAUGGUCAGAAAUCACAUUCAGCUUUUGACUUG